AUGACCAUUGCCACCGACACAUACGCUCGAAUCUUUUGUAAAACCAAAUUUGGCUUUAUAGUCUUUGAAGACGAUGACGACGAGUCCACUGACUUCAUAGAGCGGGACGAGUCCUCUAACAGCAAGGAUGAGGACGAUGACGACGAUUUAAUCUAUUGGAAUUUCGGCAUUCGCGAGGUCGAGAUUAAGGACAAGUACAAAGACGACGAGUCUACUAUCAUUGCCAUAUACUGGGUAAUUGCUGUGGUGGUGUUUCUCACCAUCACGAUCGCAGGAGCCUGGAACCGCAUGCAGCUGCGUAACAAGUUCGGGAUCGACGGUCCUUCCCUGUGUUGUGAGGGUGCACCUGAGCUGGAGGACGCGUGUGUGUGGACCUUCUGCAAGCCAUGCGCCUUGUGUCAAGAGGUCAGGACGAUUGUUCGCAAUCACGUUCAGGAUGGUGUGUGGCAGGGAGAGCUGGAAACGGUGACUGUAAAUGCAGCAACAGGUAUUCCCGCAUCUGGUGUGGUCAUGGUGCCCCUCAGCCAUGCCACUCCCCCUCCGCAGCAAGACAUUAAUGACGUGUAUGCGAAGGUUUGA